CUUGACUGUGCGGUCUGGGAAACCCCACUCCUGACAGGGCGACCUCCCCGCUGUGCCCCUGAACAGAAGUCGGCAUGAGGCGCCCCCUGAACGCCGGCUCUGCCCACGGCCCUGCCUGGAAGGGACUGCUGCUAACAGGCACCCUGCUCGCAUCCUGCAUCUGCCCUGCCUCCUCGGAGCUGCCCUCCUCUGCGCCUCCAGACAUCUUGGCAGAAGGAGCCAGUGCUCACCUUCCCGUCCCCAGGAACCUCGAUGGCAUUCUCUCCACUUCUUGGUUCCGAGGGCACGGGGCCCAGCAAGAAGCCACGGUCUUCUCCCCCGAGGGCCGCCCGGGGCCCGGCCACACUGACGCGGGCAGCGACACUGUGAUGCUGGACACCAGCAGGGGACGCAGGAGUGUGACAGAGCAGACACAUGUCAAGGCCCACCAGAUGCUGCUACACACCUUCCCGGAGACUUUGCGGGGCGUCGUCCAGAGUGAACUCAACUACUCGGUGAUCCUGAGCUGUCUGACUACACUCAGGCCCACACCCGUGAUUUACUGGACCUUCAACGGGCAGCCCCGAGGGACAGGGGAGAAGCUGAUCAUCCGGCGGCUGUCCAGGGCGGACUUGGGUACCUAUGUGUGCGUGGCCAAGAACAGCCAGGAACAGCACUCCUCCGAGCUGGUGAAAGUCUCCCUGUCCGAAGUCGACAUGGAUUCCACAGACGAGCCCAUCGAUCUGGACCCCAUUCUCACGGUGUCAGGAGGAUCUGCCAUCGCCCUCCUCCUGGCCGGAAGUGCCGGGUUGGUGGUCGUGAUGGUAGGAAUUGGCUCCGCCAUCGCCCAGACCCAAAGGACUAACAGGCGAAGAAUACGAAGAUGCUGCUGAAGUACGGCUGCUCAGUGCUUCUCCCUCCAUGAGGAGAAAGACACCAUCCCACAGCUUCUACGUCUAUAACAGCGCUGUUUCAGGGAACAGCCCAGCUUAGCCCAAACCCCUUUGCCUUGUUUCUGAAACAGUGGGAAAGGCAUCUGAUUGGCUCACUUGGGUCAGGUGUUAACCUUGGUCCCACCACUGUGGCUGGGGAGGGGGCAGGUACAACCAAAGCCUUGGGAGCUCAGCGCUACCUGUGGGGGCUCAGGACUCAGAAAAUGGGGGAGUGUGACCUUGCUGGGCAGAUAUCCCAAACUGUGUCUGCUACAGAAGAAGAAAACUUCCCAAUGCAGGGAAGUGGGGCGGUGUUCACACCCCCAGAAAUCGCACUGGCUUGACCACUGGCUUCUGAGCUGCUGGAGAAUCCUGGCAGAUGGCAGGCAAGGGGGAAACUCCCAUGUGGAAAUACCUGACAUUUGAGGAACAUUCAACAGAAAGCCACUGACCAUGUCAUUAUGAUUAAUAAUAGCAGUAGCAGACCCGAACAGACGUCAGUGUGCCAGCCCCCACACUCUGUACCUCCUGCGAGUCCUAUCUUAUAUCAUCCACCCAGGUAGCUGGUCUCCGCGGCAGUCUGCCUGAAAUUUGUUUCUAAUCACCCCACUCCCCUGUUGCUCCCUCCCUGAGGCCAGAACCCCUAACCCAUCUCUCUGAGGUCCCGCCACCUCUUAUGCCAGAUACAUAUCACUGUGUGCAUGCACAGAGGGUGAAAGUGAGGCUCAGAGGGGGCAAGUGACUUGCCUGAGGUCACACAGCUACACGUGAUGCCAACUCAAGUGCGCCCAAAGCCCGUAUCACAGACCAGCGCUGUCCAAUAGGAUUCAAUGCAGUUAUGGAUAAGUAUAUAUCUGCACUGUCCAAUACCUGUGGCUACUGAGCUCUGUAAAUGUGGCUAGAUUCACUGAGGAGGUGAAUUUUAGGUUUUAUUUCCCUUCCAUUAAUUUGAGUUUUAAUUUAUAAUACCACCUGGGGCGGUGGGCUGUGGAAUCAGAAGGUGCAAUGCUGACUCCUUAUUGUCUAAAAAUAAAUAAAUCACCCUGCAGCCCUACGCACAGACCCCUGGCUGUGUGGCUAUUCCGGGUCCUGGCCCUGUUCUGUCCAAAGAUCCAGCUGUGAUCGGGAGCCCCUGAUAUCUAACCAGCACCUUCCCUAUCUGAGGCGUCCUUCCGACCCCUUCCCUCCUCCCGCUUACCUCGCUGUUGGGGAAGAAAUACUUUCCCGCCUGGGUGGGCCCUCAGGGAGCUGCUCCCAGGCUGGCUGUGUGUCCGAGGUGGCCCUGGAGCCAGCAGCCGCCGACCCCUGGCCCAGGACGCAGCAGGACCCCAUGCCCUCGGGAGCAGCUGAGCACCACUAGCUUCCUCCCCUCCAGAAAGAAACUGGGCAGAGUUCCUCCCAGAAGCCUGCUGACCACUUCUCACCCAGUCCCGUGGCUCAGCUCUCUCCUAGCA